GACCUGAAUCAUUGAAUGAAUGCAGGUGACCUGGACAUCACCAGAUAACUUUUCUUCAACAACUGACAAGCUUCGCCGUCAAAGCCUCUUUGCAGAGUGUACAGGUUUGUCGGUCCGCAUGUGAUCUUGGUGAUGUGACGCCAUGUGCAUGCCAGAGAAACUGGGAGAAAACAUCGCGGGACAUAGCCUACAGGGGCUUUGGAGAUGAUGACACCAACUUGUGAACAGAAUGAUGUAAAUCUACGUCUAAAUAAUUAUAGCCUAUUUUAGGACUAGCCUGCAGCUGCAGCUGCAGUCUGCGCGGUGUUUUAUUUGAAUGUGUAUAAGAAAAUGAGGAGAGGCGAAAAGGACACUCAUUGACGAAGGUGUGUGUUGCGGUGCGCGUGGAACCUCUGCUGAUGACGGACCGAUUUCGAGGCAUGCACUGAUCUACUGAUAACGCAGAGGAACCGUUCGGCAAGUAUCCAGGUUCGUGGGACUUUCCUUCCUGCAUUGUUUGGAGAUGUCAUUCAAAGUCCCCGGUGUCACAUGCUGAGUGAAGUACAUGACGUACAAGUGACUAGACUGAGAAGGCAAUGGAUCAGUCCAUCAAUGAAAGCAUAUUCCAGAAUGGUGGCCUAAACAUUUCCCGGGAAAUUGGGAAUCUUGGACAGUUUGCGCAAGAAGUACAAGUACACCUCAGCAAAGGCCAAAGAGAUGAACUGGCUAGGGCAGUGGUUCGUCUUGUUCGGCACAAUGCGGGGGAGCACAAUGCGCUGCAGAUCAUUAUUGAUCACAUGGAGGAGACAUGCAUAAGCAGUCUGGUGCACGGCACCCUAUCUUACUGGAUUGCUCACACUGCACAGUGUGACUGCCAUGGUGUUGACCUCUACAACAUCAUCUGUGCAGUCGACCAUCGCUCGGCGCAUCUAUGCGAACACCUUUUGAAGCUGGAGAGAAAACGGAAAGCAACUGUAGUUGAGCAGCCAUCCGAUGCCAACACGGAGCAAGAAGGUACGACGGCGAUGGCCACAACCCUGUCACAAUCCCCAUCGCCGUCCCAGCGGUGGCUGGACCAGCACGCUUGCACCACAAAGACGGCGGCGGCGCUUGUGUUGACUGACAUGAACCAAGCGCAGCUGGAUGAGUACUACGUGAAGCUGUCGGGUGUGCUGGAUGGCGAUGAUCAACGACGCUUGGCUAAUAUUCUCUUGCAGCAGCACUUCCCCAUCGGUUCCACAGCGGCCAGCAAUGUGGCUCGUGAACAGAACUGCACUCCGUUCCAAGCAAUGAUGUCGCUGUGGCUCAAGAAGCAGCAGCCUCACGCCACUGGUGAGAUGUACUGCGAGGCAUUGGCCAGCUUCAAUCAACGCUCGGCGCGGCUCAGUGCAAUCAUGCUGGGUGUCACCCUACCGUCAACAACGAUGAGCUGACUUUGCAAUUCUACAGCACCGACUUUACAAUUAUAUUUUAAUGACGGCAUGUUCCUGUACGGUGCCCUUUGCACAUCCUCAAAAGGUACACAGGAGUAUGACCAGUCGCUACAAUCCCCGUCUUGCUUUAGGCAUACAUGUUCAAGUAGGUGAAACAACUUCAAACAAGAACUAUGUCAAACGCACAAUAUUAUGAGAUUCAGAACAUUCUUGAAUAUAUUUUACUACUAGCUUCAAGUCAACAUUCUACACUCAUAUUUCAAUUUCAAAGUUUAAGAUGCUAACUAGUUAGGUGUUACAAAGAUUGAGUGCAUAAUUAUUAUAAUUAUUUCAAUGUUAAAAUUCUGUAGGAUAGAAAUGAUACAGAAGCGAUUCAAGCAUAACUCUCGGUAGGGCA